GAUACGGCACUCUCUCUCUCUCUCUCUCUUUCCAAUACAAACACACUCCACUCUCACUCCAACAUUUUCUCCGGCCUUCAAAAUCAAACACACUCAGAAAUAACACAACAAACCCUAUGUUAGAACCCUAAUUCCUAUCUCUCUCUCUCUCUCUCAUCCAUCCAUCAACCAACCAAACCCUAGUACCAAAAAUGGCCACAAACCCGCCCCCUCCCGGCGUCUGGAAAUCAUCCGCCGGCACCUCCGUCCACAUCCCCCCCGUCGACUCCGCCGUCUACUACUUCCCCCAGGGCCACGCCGAGCAAUCCUCUCUCUCCUCCUUCCUCUCCCCUCUCGUCACCUCCCGCCCGAUGAUCCUCUGCCGCGUGACCUCCGUCGCCCUCCUCGCCCACCCAGACACCGACGAGGUCUUCGCCAGAAUCCGCCUCGUCCCCGCACGCGACCCCCACGCGACCCGACGGAACCCUCACGGCGCCGAAGAAGAUGAUGCGGUGGUCUCGUUCGCGAAGGUGCUGACGCCGUCGGACGCGAACAACGGCGGGGGGUUCUCCGUCCCGAGGUUCUGCGCCGACUCGAUUUUCCCUCCGUUGAACUUCAACGCCGACCCACCCGUGCAGAACAUUUCCAUUACCGACGUGCACGGCGUCGUUUGGGAGUUUAGGCACAUUUACCGAGGGACGCCACGUCGGCAUUUGCUCACAACCGGAUGGAGCAAGUUUGUUAAUAGUAAGAAACUGGUGGCGGGGGAUUCGGUGGUGUUUAUGAGGAACCGGCGGAGCGGGGAGCUUUUCGUCGGUGUGAGGAGGGCGGUCCGGUCGAGUGCGGGGGCAGGGGGGAGGUGGAAUUAUCCGGUGGGGUCAGUGAAAGUGGAGGGGGGGUGGGAGAGGAGUGGAGGGGGUAGGGUUUCGCCGGAGGAGGUGGUGGAGGCCGCGGAGUUGGCCGUGCAGGGGAGGGAGUUUGAGGUGGUGUGUUACCCGAGGGCUGGGUGGGCGGAUUUUGUGGUGGGGGCGGAGGCGGUGGAGGAGUCGCUGAGUGUGGUGUGGAGUGGAGGGAUGAGGGUUAAGAUGGCUGUGGAGACUGAGGAUUCGUCCAGGGUGAGUUGGGUUCAAGGGACGGUUUCUUUGGCUGUUGUACCGGAUAAUAACUGUCCGUGGCAAGGUUCGCCGUGGAGAAUGCUGCAGGUUACGUGGGAUGAACCUGAAGCUCUUCAGAACAUAAAGAGAGUGAGCCCUUGGCAAGUUAAAUUUGUCGCGCCCACACCACCGCUCCAUUCCACAUUCCCUCCUUCAAAGAAAUUCAGAAUUUCUCAGAAUCUUGAGUUGCCAACUGAGGGGGACAGAGACCUCUUCUUUCCUAUGAAUGUUUUUAGUAAUUCACUGACAGGGAACUUGAACCCGUCAUUGAUGAAUUACGAUUCUUUUCCUGCUGGCAUGCAGGGAGCCAGGCAAGAUACAUAUUAUGUAUCGACUUUAUCCAACUUCAUUUGUGAGAAUAGCCAUAACAUCUUCAGUGAUGAGUUUUUUGGCAAAAAUGCACCGGAAGUGGAAACUGUUUCAACUGAACUGAACAUUGGCAGUUCACAUUGUGACAACUUGUCACCUGAUAGUCAAAGCAGUGUCCAUUUUUUGGACAACGAGCUAACUGGAAAACAGGGAUGCAGCCCCUCAACAAAAGUCAGUUUGGGAUCAUUCCAGUUGUUUGGUCAGAUUAUCCAUGCGCCUGUGGAGAGUGGCUAUGAUGGUGUUGGUUGUGCAGAAGGUAAUGAGUGUAAAAUGUCCAAAAAAACGGAAUGUGGGAAUAAUUCGCUGGAUCUUUCUUUAACCAGCCCUUACACAAAAUUACGAGAUGGGCUUGAUGUUCAUUGCCAAAGAGCGUCAGCUGUUGAAGCAUGUUCUUUAUGAAUGGGGGCUCUUGUUGACUUCAACAAAUUAGCAGCUGUACAGGUAAUCAAGGCAGGCUUGAAGCUGACUUGUAGUCUGAUUAAUGAAGUAGAGUUACUUGUCUGAGGUAGUUCGCGUUAGUUUGCGAUGUUAGGGAUUUGUGACCAUUGCAGACAUUGUUUAGUGGUUUUUAUCUACUCGUAGAUUUGUAUGUAAGGUUUUAGAUAAUCAGAUUUGACACACAUAAUUGUCCCUGUUAGCGGAGGAAUGCCGACAGAAGGUGUGGCUUGGUGUUUGAAAACAAGAGCCAAUGAUAUUGCCUUUGUUUUCUUGAUAGUUAUGGCUUUUCACAGUUUGGUUAGCUCUUAAUGCUGCGUUUGGUUCUGGAUCUAUUGAGGGGAAUGCAAAGGACAAGGAAAGGGGGAAGAAACCGAGGAAUUGAAAUUCCAUGCCUCUUUGUUUGUAUGAAGCAAAA